UUUUAACUGGAUGAAAAAUGACGAUGUAUAUUCCGAUGUAUAGAGUAUUACUAUAAAAGUGUUGUAGGAAGAAACAUUCACAAACAUUCUGAUACUUGGUUCACCAAUAACUGUGUUAAACUUUUACGUUGUAACAUAGUGCUGGCUUACAAGACGUGUGAAUAAUGGAGAUUACAAAGUUGUGUAUAUUUAUGAGCAUUGUCUUAACCACAUUGAUCUGUAAGGCAGAAUCCGCGUAUUUCGAUGAGCACCCUAUGAAUGUUACAGUCACCGAGGGGAGCAAUGUUACAUUCACAUGUAGAUCACAAUAUUUAUCAUCAUGUCGAUAUUAUAGCUUCAGUUGGCAAAGACAACUUAAUCAACAUGAUGACGUCGAGCAAAUGUCUAGUUGUUUCAGUGCUACACCAGCAGGACGUACCGGGAUAGUUGUAAAGCAGGACGGCCACCGAUAUCGUUUGCAUAUCAGUAACGUCCAGCGAGAUGAUACUGGGACUUAUUGGUGUAGUUUAUAUGAUCCACAUACAAUGAAGUACCAAAUUAGUGAGGACGCUUUAUUGACAGUAAAUCCACUCCUCCCUCAGUAUAAACCUUCUUGUAAUAUCAACCCAAUGCUUGCAAGAGUCGGUGAUACCAUCUCGUUGGAAUGCACUCUCUCCGAACUGGAUCCCCCGAGCCUGUUGACCUGGUACGAAUCCACAUCAACCGGUCCCAUCCAAAUUGAAGAUCGAACAGAAGUCAAUCCAGCUGAGACGUAUCCAGUUGACCGUGUGCUGACUGAGGCUGACAACAUGAGGGAUUUUACUUGUAUAGCUGGUCCUGAUUACAGUGGUCCAAGUUGCUCCAUUACGCCUCUCCAGAUAUCACCGACUGUCUCAAUCUCACCCUCUCACCUGACGCUUCAUGAACAUGAGAACGCAACAUUCACAUGUGAAUUUAAGUCUACACCGCGAUCGAUGGCGAACGAAUACAAAUGGCGUGUGCUCCAGUCGGACAAAGAUAAGAUAAGGGUUAGCAAUGACACAAUACAUAGACACGACGGGCGAUUUCAACUUGCCCAAGAUGGACAAACUCUCGAGAUUAUCAAUGUAACGCCUGAAGAUUUCAACAACUCUCAGAUCAAAUGCAUUGCACGUCUAGAUGAUACACUAUUCCCAAGCGCCAAUAAUUCGCUGCUGUUCGUCUUGCCUUUGUCCACAACAACACCAAGGGCAGUGACAGUUUCGGAUACCGAAACAGACGGUGAUGAAUCUGUCCCCGACACUGACAACAAUACCCUUCCAAAAGAAUCAAACUUUAUAGUUAUGGUUGUUGGAGUUCUGGGUUCAAUUGUCUUUCUGAUAAUCAUAACUCUGAUCGUAUGCUUCCUGAUCAAAUACAAACCAAACUCCACCAAACCAGGCCAGACGGCAGCUGCAACACACGAACAGGUUGAGACCGGCGGGAGUCAAAAUGAUCAAACGUACGACGAAAUCCCAUUGGAUGUAGCAAGAGAUCGGAACGCCAGGAUGCAGAUUAGUGCUACGAACGGGGCUGAAGUAUUAUACGCGUGCGCCGAUAAGACUGGACGUAACGAAAUCAAGAGAUAUGCCGUAACUGCUCCAUCAGCAACUAGUAAAGAUGUCACAGUUACCAAGGUAGACAGCGUGGGUGGGGAGGUGGGAAGUGCAAGGGACCAUGCAAUCUACGCAAUGCCGAACAAGCCUGCAAAGACCGGGAACCACCCAGACAAGACUGACCAUCACAGAGUCAACCUACCAACAGAUAAUACCGGCAAGGAAACAAACACACCCAUUGCAGACGAUUUCGAGUCACGCGGGAAAGACGCCGAAGGACUGGUUUAUGCGGACUUGGACUUCCCGCGCCCCUCAUCAGCAAUAAGCACGGCAGCACUUCAAUCGGAUGAGCAGAGUGAGUAUGCUGAACUCCGUCGGGAUAAAUAAAUACUAAUUGUGAAACGUGAAGUUUUUAUAUGGGACUGUUUUGUGGUUCUGCUUAUCGUAAUUUAACAAUCAAUGCAGGGAAUUCCGCCGCCCGCGCAUACGUCAAGCGUAAACCACGGGUUAGCGGGGAGUUUCUGUAAGUGACGUGUGUCGUUACCCUGCAUAUUUUAAUAUGCAUAGUAACGUUGAGCACACACAAAGCCAUUAUACAGUUUCGGAACGGAAAACAAAAUAAAAGAUGACAUAUUUACAAAUAACUUACAGGGU